AUGAAUUCAGACAUCCUACAAGCCUUCCAGAAAGAGCUCACCUGCCUCACCUGCUUGAACUACCUUAUAGACCCAGUCACCAUAGGCUGUGGGCACAGCUUUUGCAGACCCUGUCUCUUCCUUUCCUGGGAAGAAGCCCAAACUCCUGCUUACUGCCCAGAGUGCAGGGAACCAUCACAGCAGAAAGACUUCAAAACCAAUAUUCUUCUGAAGAAUCUGGUGUCUGUUGCCAGAAAAGCCACUCUCUGGCAAUUCCUGAGUUCUGAGGAACACAUGUGUGGGACCCACAAGGAGACAAAGAAGAUCUUCUGUGAAGAGGACAAGAACCUGCUGUGUGUGCUGUGCUCUCACUCUCAGGGGCACGAGGCUCACAGACACUGUUCCAUUGAAGAGGCUGCUGAGGAACACCGGGAGAAGCUCUUAAAGCAAAUAAGAUCUUUAUGGGAAAAGAUCCAAGAAAACCAGAGAAAGCUGGGUGAAGAGAGCAGUGCAACAGAUCAGUGGAUUAGCUAUGUGUAUGUACUGGCAGAGAUGACUGCCGCUGAGUAUAAGAAGAUGCAUCUUGUUCUUCACCAGGAAGAAAAACAGCAUUUAAACAGACUCAUAAUGGAAGGCAAAUGGAUUUUACAGCAACUCAAGAAAAAUAAAGCCAAAAUGGUUCAAAAGAAGAAAGACCUAAGAGAAAUGUUUAAGGAGCUGAUGAAAAUGUGCCAUAAACCCGAUGUGGAUCUGCUCCAGGAUUUGGGAGAUAUAUUAACAAGGAGUGAGUCUGUGCAGCUGCAUAUGCCCCAGCCUGUGAACUUAGAGCUCACUCCUCAACCUAUCCCUGGACUAAUAAACAGACUCAACCACUUCCGAGUGAAAAUUUUCUUCAAUAAUGAAAUGACCAAUCACAACAUCAGGCUGUUUGACGAUGUGAAAAGUUUGAGUUCUAGAUGUGACUAUCAGGAUGCCUCUUUGAAUUCUGAUAGAUCAAACUAUCUUGCUGCAUGGGGAGCCCAGAGCUUCGCCUCUGGGAAACAUUACUGGGAGCUGGAUGUGGACGAUUCCUGGGACUGGGCUCUAGGAGUCUGUAAGGAUUCCUGGAUAAGGAAGAAUGGCACACUGAUUGAAUCUGAUGACAUAUUUCUUCUUUUAUGUGUGAAUGAGGGUAAUCAUUACACUCUCUUGACCACCUCUCCCAUGCUUUCUCACUAUAUGGAGAAACCUGUGGGCAGGGUCGGUGUGUUCCUUGAUUUUGAGAGUGGAAGUGUGAGUUUUUUGAAUGUUGCCAGAAGUUCCCUCAUAUGGAAAUAUCCCACUGGCUCUUUCAAUUUCCCUGUGAGGCCUUUCUUUCAUACAGGCCACACAUGA